AUGGUGCAGUCAUUUACCAGCACUGCAUUCAUGUGGCAGGGUGAGCUGGCGAUCUGCAAGGCAAGCACCACCCAGCUUGAUAGGACAGCACUGGAUGCGCAAGAGGUUGCACAGAGCAUGCGGGCGCUGGAUGGCCAAGUGUGCCUUCUGGGCAGGAGAGCGGAUGAGACUGUGGCGGCCAUGAGCAGGCUGGCAGCGCAACAGGCCGCCAACAAUCACAGCAUGGCAGUCGUGGCAGCACAGCAGGUGCAGCUGCAGGCCAGGGUGGACGCCUUGGAGCAGGCACAGGCAGGAGGCAAUCCCCCUUCUCUCCUGGGCAGACUUGCGGAGGUGGAAGACCAGUUGAACCUCUGGGGAGCCACCCUUGCCGUUGUGGAGAUGGGGCAGGAACGCCUCAAGCAGGCUUGGGAAGACCGGCAGGACAGACAGGCGAAGGAAGGCAUGCAGGAUGCCUUUGCAGAUCAGCUGGCACCUUCGGAGGAGGAGCUCACAUAUGUGAAGCAGCACAGCCUGACCGCCACUAAGCAUGCUAGCAGGGCUAAGACACAGCACGAGGAUGUGCAAGCACAGCUGGAAAGCCAGCGCGCAACCCUUGCCACUAUGACAGAGCAGCAGACUGCCAUAGUAAGCAGCUUUGCCGCUCUCGAGGCUGCACACGCAGCUCUGGCAGCAGGCAGCGGCACCCGUACAGACACUGCAAACGCAGGCCUGGCAAGCCUGGAGGGCAAGGUUGCUGAGGUGGCUGCAGACUUGCAAGCCCUGGCUGAGAAAGCAGCCAGCUCACAGGCAGCCCCAUCGACUGAUGCCCUUGCCCAAGAGUCCAAGGUGCCGGCCGCCCAGCAGCACCUUGCACAGGAGCUUGCCGAAGUGAAGUCAGAGAUCGAGCAGCUGAACCUGGCGAUGGUCUCGGAAGCAUCCAAAUUUGCUUCCACCCUCGAGGGCCUGAGCUCGGCACAGUCAAGCACGGCGACGACAGUCAGUACCCUGCAGGCAGGGCUCAGCCAUGCAUCCGAGGAGCUCACACAGCUGAAUGCGGCCGUCAAGAAAUCCGAUGCGGCAGCGCUGGAGACGCAGCAGCAUGCAAGCAGCUGUGUGGACGGCCUGCAGGCCCAGGUGGGUGCAUGGACGUCCUCUAUGGAGGCCCUGGAGGCAGACCAUGAGCUGGCAGCAGAAGAGACCAGCAAGGCACUCAAGACGCUGGCGCGCGUCAAUGCCGACAACCGGGCGAUGCAGCAUGCGCAGCUGGAGCUCGCGGCUGACUGCUCCUCCCAGCAGGCCGCCAUUGCACAGCUGCAGGCCGCCUGCGACGGCACGACUGCAAACAUGGGUGCUCUGGCGGCGCGCUUGGAUGCACUGGACAAGCAUGCCCAGGAGGCGGCAGAAAUCAAGAGCCUGGCGGAGCAUGUGGCCCAGCUGAAGGCCGGCGCAGCGCGGACGAUGAAGGCGCUGGCCGCAGCGGAGCAGCAGGCCGACGCGCGCAUUCGGCGGCAGGAGUCGGAGCUGCAUCUGCUGCAGGAGACUGUGCUGGAGCUGGGGGAGGCAGUGCACGUGGCUGAGAUCAGCGAGGCCGCCUGGGGGGACUCCCUGGCCAGCGUGCAGGCAGAGGUGGAGCACGUGCAGCAGGGCAUGGAGGACUCCAUGCAGCGCAUGUCAGAGGCGCUGCGCACAGACCUCACGCGCUACGCAGAUUGCCUCUCGCAGGCGCGCGCGGUGCUGUCUGACCAUGCACAGCAGCUUGAGCGCCUGUCCGCGCUGCCGGCGCAGGUUGCUGGUCUGUCUGAGGAGCUGGUCCCCCUCCAGCAGACUGGCGCUCAGAUGAGGGCUGAGCUGGACGGCCUCGCAGCGCUGCCUGGGCAGUUGGUGCAGCUGUCCCAGGAGGUGACUGCGCUUGAGGUCAAGCAGGGUGCAGCCUCAGCAGCGGCAAAGGAUGCGGCAAGCGCGUCAAGCAAGCAGAUCGAAGGUGUCCGGGCCGAGUUGGAGUCUCUGCAUGCGCAAGUCUCGGUCGUGGCUCAGCAGGGCGAAUCAAAUGGCAGCCGGCUUGAGGCUGCAGAAAAGCAAGUGGAGGGCAUUGACCAGGUGCAGAGGGCAGUGUCUGGCAUGGAAGGGCGGAUCAGAGUUGUGGAGUGCACUGUGGCAGAUGCCCUGGAGGAGGCAGCAGCCCAGAUGCUGGCUCUGCAGGAGGCUGUUGCCAAGCAGGCAACCAGGAUUGCUGCUCUUCAGGCUGCAGCCUGCUCACAGAACAGCCAAGACACUGCAUCAAGCGCAACUACAGCGCAGGUGGACCAGAUCUCGACGAUGGUUUUCCAGAAGAUCAUCCGCCAGAACAGAGGCAAACAGCUCAUUGACAUGCUAGAGUUUCUGGACUCACAAUUGUACUGCCACCUUGACGCCAGCUAUGAGUCAACCAUACGCAAAUUAGAGGUGUCCCUCAUCAGGUACUUCCUUGUCCAUGCCUUGAAGGCUGGCAAGCUGAACGAUGUCAGAUCAUUCUUUGCUGACUUUGGAGACAUGCUCAUGAGCGGCCCUGACGCCAAGGAAUGGAGCCCCUGGUUUGCCUUGCCCUAUGUGCAUUCUCCAGCAAAUCACCCUACCUUUCAGGUGUUCUUCACAAAGGAGUGGGCGCAAUUGGUGGAGACGUCCUUCCGCAAUUUCAUUGCAGAGGUUAUCCAGAAGCUACCGCUGCCCGCUGUGCUCCGCUUUGACACAGACCGGCGGUUGCGAGUUUCCCUGCAGCAUCAAUGCAGGCAGCUCCAGAAGGAGAAGGCCAGACUAGAAAAGGCGGGCCAGAAUCACAGGCGAGAUGUCAAGCUUGGGGAGUGGGCACCAGACAGGCGCACAGGGGAUGCCAGGCCCCUCAUCAGUCUAGAGGCCCAGUCAGAACAAGUCCCAGAGGCAGAGGAGCUGGCAGGGCAUGACGCGGCGGUGGUGGCGGCGGCGUUUUCGCCGGGCGGCCAGAACGUGGCGACAGCGGACCGUGACGGAGUGGUGCGCAUCUGGGCGCCGCAGUCUCUCGCGGCCGACGCCGGCCGUUCCGCCACGCUGCUCACCGGCGCACCCGUCUCCGCCCUCGCCUGGGACGCCCGCGCCGACAAAAUCAUGCUGGUGGGCACGGUGGGCAAGGGCAUAAAGGCGUGGCACGUGGACACCAAGCGCAUGGUUGCGCACGUGCGCCUGGACCCCUCCUUCCCGGACGUGCGCACCGUCGCAUGCAGCCCCGCCGACCCCUCCUUUGCCUGCGCAUCCUCCUCCUCCCACACCUCCGGUAAGAGUUAUGCAGGGCCGGCGGCGGGGAAGCUGUCGGUAUGGAACAUGCGGGCGUUCAAGAAGGCGCACACGUUUGCGGUGGGCGGCGAUCCGGUGCUGGACUCGCUCGCUUUCUCCACGGACGGCCGCCUGCUCCUGGCCGCCGCCUGCGACGGCUUCCUGCGCCUUUUUAACACCAACGCCAAGUCUGAGGUGGCUGCGUGGGCCGUCGGCGGCGCAGGCGCGCCUGCCUGCGCGCGGUUUGGAGGGAGCGAGACGUCCGUCAUUGCUCUGACCGCCUCUGGAGAGGUCCAGUGGUGGGACACAGCCAUGCUGAAGGAGCCUGUGAGGACGGUGGAUGCAAGUGCCCACUGCGGCACAAAGGCUCCCCACAUGAAGCAUGCCCUGGCCGUGAGCAGCGACACCCGUGCACUGGUGUUGACAUCUAUGACGAGCCAAGUGCCUGUCCUGGUGGAGGGUGCGGACGGCGAGUGGCAGUUCCAGGCCGCUGCCUCGCACAAAGGCCAUGUCACAGCGGUGGACUGGCAUCCCACCAUGAACGUUGUCGUCAGCGGCUCUGCAGAUCACAGCGCCAGCCUGACGCAUUUGGAUUUGUGA